AUGGAGGACCUCGUUGCACCAGCGGCGAGUCCUCUGCCCUCUUUGGGGGCUGCCGCCGUCAAAUUCGUGACUGCUGCACCCAUCAUCAUCGCCAACAAUGGAAUCAACUACGAAGAAACCGCGUCCGGCGGCACGGUACAAUACACGGAUUUACGCGAUCCCUUCUACGCCUCCAUUUUCCCCGUCUGCUACGCCCUGGCCGCGACGACCGUGACGGCCUACAUGCUCGUCAUUAUGCUGUUUAUUACGCCGCGAUCUUUUCUCGACGGUGGAAUCGUUUACCUGGGCCGACGCGGCUUCACCAGCGGAGGCACCACGAAUGGAAUCAGUAUCGGCGGCCGUCCGUGGCUCCAAAAAGUGGCUGCCGUGACGGUGGCCAUCUCUCUCACAAUCGCCAGCGCUGAUACCUUCAAAGUCGCCGAAGAGCAAUAUCAAUGGGCAAUCCAGGAUGCCAAGAAGAUGCAGUUGGAGGUCAUGGACGGUACCGAGUUGAAGGUCAUCCGCCUCAUUUCCGACACGUUUUUGUGGCUGGCGCAAGCCCAAACCUUGACCCGACUCUUCCCACGUCAGCGGGAAAAGGUUAUCAUCAAGUGGACCGCCUUCGCGCUGAUUACCCUGAAUCUCAUCUUCAGCGCCCUGAACAGUUUCCAGUACCCCGCCAGCGGGAGCCAGGGAAACGCCCGCCCUCGAAGUUUCGUCGACGCCGUUCCCGCUCUCAGCUACCUAUUUCAGCUCUCACUCGGCCUCUUAUACGCCGCGUGGGUCAUUUACUACUCGCUUAUGAAGAAGCGUUACGCCUUUUACCACCCCUUGAUGAAGAACAUGAUCUUGGUCUCCACUCUUUCCCUCUUCGCCAUCCUCGUCCCGGUUGUUUUCUUCGUGCUGGAUAUGGCGAAGCCCGAAUUCACCGGAUGGGGAGACUACGUCCGCUGGGUCGGUGCCGCAGGUGCCAGCGUGGUAGUCUGGGAAUGGGUGGAAAGGAUCGAGGCACUAGAAAGAGAAGAGAAGAAGGAUGGCAUUCUCGGACGCGAAAUUUUCGACGGAGACGAGAUGCUGGAAGUGUCCGCCUCGGAGUUCCCCUGGCUUAGGCGGAGGAAGAAUCGUGGCGGUCCCAGGGAUGGAGAAGGCGACCAGGACGGCCCUGCAGGUGGUGCUGGCGCUCAAGGUCCACCAUCGAGUGGCAGAAGUAACCUUUGGCCCGGCAUGUCAAACAUUGCCAACAGAUAUCGAGCCAACCACAGCCAUGCUAACUCUGCCACCAACAACGCCCAGACUGGCCAAAGGUCCAUGGGAGGCUUGCUGCGUCCGCCUAUGUGGCCCUCGCGACCGGCUCCUGCUGUUACGCCUGUGAGCCGGACUGAUACCGCCAGCGCAGCAAGCACUGUUUACGCCGUACGGUAUCAACUGCCGUCAGAAACAACGUCGAGAACACCGGAAGCCGCCGGUCAACAUGGCACACAGACCAUGCCGCAGCGCAAUACCGCAGUGGCCAUGUCGAGGAGCAGUUCUUCAUCAUCAAGAAGCGACUCGAGCUCCGACAAUGACGAAAUGUCCAUGGCAGCCCCGGUGCCUCGACAAGCUACUCACAAGGCCGUGGAAAUCGACACAGAGGCACAGGAGGAUCCGGCGAUGCAGAACAAGAAGGGUUGGAGGUCCUUGGUAUUCCGACGAAAUGCACGCGACCCCCCGGCCGAAGUGAUGGCUCAGAGUGAGGAGAAACAGGAGAUGCGUGGAGGUCACGACGAUGCUGGAAGAUGGGACUUCAAGGCUCGCUUGGAAGACUUUGCAGCAACCCAGGCCGAGAAGAUCAGAGAAAAGAUGCGUCCUACGCCAGAGACGGAUAGCUUACCGGUCACCGUCAUCCCAGCACCGCCGAGGCAAGGCGCCGCUCUCGCACAGCUUAUGGAGGAGGAGCGCGGUCAGGAAUCGCCCGAACGCACGGCGUUGAUCAGAACCGCCAGCGACGCCUCCGCACUCACUCCGACCCCAGCAGCCGCGCUAUCGGCUCACCCUCCAGCACUCGGAAGGACGGCAAGCAACUUCUCACACCUCUCUCCCGAGCAAGCCAGUCGACCGCCCCUGUGGCCAGGAGUUCGCCCGCAACAUCAAGAGUACGACGAGCGAUCACCCAGCGUGCCUCAGAGCAGGCGGCCUGGUGAUGACCUAGGACCGCCGCCUACUCCAUGA